AUGGCAAUCGUUAAAGUAAUUCAUAGGAGCUGUGAUAGCGGUUGUAUAUUGUUAUUUAAAUCUGUCUAUCUAUCUAUCUAUCUAUCUAUCUAUCUAUCUAUCUAUCAGCUAUAUUUAUACAUGCAAAACAUAGCUUUCCUUUCCUACAUUUUUCUUUUCUUUCAUUUUUUCUUUCCUUUCAUUUUUCCUUUCCAUCAUUUUUUCUUUUCUUUCAUUUUUCUUUUCUUUCAUUUUUCUUUUCUUUCAUUUUUUCUUUUCUUUCAUUUUUCUUUUCUUUCAUUUUUUCUUUUCUUUCACUUUCCCUUUCUUUCAUUUUUUCUUUUCUUUCAUUUUUUCUUUUCUUUCAUUUUUCUUUUCUUUCAUUUUUUCGUUUCUUUCAUUUUCCCUUUUCUUUCAUUUUUUCUUUUCUUUAAUUUUUCCCUUCCUUUCAUUUUUCUUUCAUUUUUCCUUUUCUUUCUUUUUUCUUUUCUUUCAUUUUUUCUUUUAUUUCAUUUUUCUUUUCUUUCAUUUUUUCGUUUCUUUCAUUUUCCCUUUUCUUUCAUUUUUCCUUUUCUUUCAUUUUUUCUUUUCUUUCAUUUUCCCUUUUCUUUCAUUUUUCCUUUUCUUUCAUUUUUUCUUUUCUUUCCUUUUUUCCUUUCCUCUCAUUUUUUCCUUAUUUCCCUGCUAUAUAAUCUAAAAUUAUUCUCUUUGUUUUCUUUGUUUCGUUGUUUCUUUAAUUAG